GUGUGUUAGUUAAGGGCAGUAACAGGACGGCUGUUGUGGUUGAUGCUAAAAACCAGCGUGGAUCCAACAGGAGCUGGAUGCGGUUCAAGCUUGUGUGCUGGAAAUGGACGAGUCUGACAUGCAGUAUGAGGUAGAGAGACAGUUUCCCUACAGCCCUGAGGCAGAAUUGUUCUUCGACAUGACCCAUGAAGAGAGAAUAGAUUCUGAUAGGAGAUCUAUCUAUGUGGGGAACGUGGAUUACGGAGCAACUGCAGACGAAUUGGAGAUGUACUUUAAUAGCUGCGGUCAUGUUAACAGAGUUACAAUUCCGUAUAACAGAUUCACAGGCCAUCCAAAAGGUUUUGCCUACAUUGAGUUUUCCGAGAGGGAAUCUGUAAGGACUGCCAUGACUUUAGAUGAAACUCUAUUCAGAGGGCGAGUCAUUAAGGUAUCGCCAAAAAGAACAAACAUUCCAGGUUUCAGUACAACAGACGCAUACUUGCGUGGAGGCUGGUCUCGAGGACGAGGUUUCCGUGCCUCCAGAUUUAACCCAUUCAGAGGCUGCCGCUUCAUUAGGGAAAAUGGAAGAGCUCAUCCUUGGGUUGAUUCUUUUUGAUUUUUCAGUUCUCUUCCUAGCACUUCUCGGUGCUUAUUAAUUUCUUUUUCUGCAGUUGCAUGAAGGGAGCUCAGUUUAUUAUUAUACUUUGUCUGCCUGUUGUAUGACACUACAAAAAGCGAAGGUUUGAUUUAUAUUAAGUAAUUACCUUUUUAUUUACACUUUUAUACAAUUGCUUUAAACUGCUAUGCCAACGAGAGGCUGAUAUGUCUGGUGGACUUCAGUACUUUGUCUGUUUUUGCCUUUUUCUGUGCUCAAAUUUAAGUAAGCUCAAUGUAAAUAAAACA